CUCUCACGCGUCAUUGGGCCGAUGAUGUGCAGCAAACAAAAACGGUGCGCCUGGGUGCCAGUCAGUCACUGCAUCGGGUCCAUCUGCACCAGGCUCCUUUCUGCCUGCCUGCCCGCCUGCCUGCCUGCCGGCCGCCUCCCUCCCUCUCUCUCUCUCUCCCUCCCUCCUUCCUCCCCGCUUCCUUCCUUCUUUCUUUCCUUCCUUCCUUCCUUCUUUUUUCCGCCAAGCACCGGAGAGGAACACCAGCGCGCCUGCCAGCAGCGCCCCACGGCCAUGGAAAAGGCACACGGACAAUAGGCACAUCCCCAACUACCCACUCUAAAAAUAUAUUCUCCUUUUUUGCCUUUUUUGCCUUCCCUCUUCCCAUAGGAAAAAAAAAACAAGAGGGGAACUCGUCGCGUCUUUUUGAAUUUUUUUUCCAAUUUUGGCCACUUUUUGCUGGGGAUUAAUAUAUUUUUUCCUGCUUUUGCCAAUCUGCCCCUUCCCUUCUGCCUUUAGGAUUACAAUCCUGACCUUAUUCCCGGCAGGGAUGGAGGAGGCCGGCGUGGCGCGGGGCCUGUGGGAGGGCGAGGCCAAGGCGGUCCAGCAGUGCCUGACCGACAUCUUCACCAGCGUCUACACCACCUGCGACAUCCCCGAGAACGCCAUCUUCGGGCCCUGCGUCCUCAGCCACACCUCCCUCUACGACAGCAUCGCCUUCAUCGCCCUCAAGUCCACCGACAAGAGGACCGUGCCCUAUAUCUUCCGGGUGGACACCUCUGCGGCCAACGGCUCCUCGGAAGGCCUGAUGUGGCUGCGCCUGGUCCAAUCCGCGCGGGACAAGGAGGAGCAGAACCUGGAGGCCUACAUCAAGAACGGGCAGCUCUUCUACCGCUCCCUCCGCAGGGUCGCCAAGGACGAGGAGCUCCUGGUCUGGUACGGGAAGGAGCUGAGCGAGCUGCUCCUGCUGGGACCCGCCAGGACCCAAAGCAAGAUGAACGGCUCGGUGCCCUUCUCCUGCUUGGAGUGCAGCCAGCGCUUCCAGUUCGAGUUCCCCUUCGUGGCCCACCUCCGGUUCCGCUGCGCAAAGAGGCUCCAGGGCGCGGAGAGCGGUAGCCCGGCGGUGGAGGAGGAGUCCCGCCGCAAGGCCGGCAGCCCCAAGGACGCCUUGGGCCCCGGAGGAGCCGGGAAACCCCCUGCAGGCAAGCCUCCAUCGGUCCCUCCGCCCGGCCCCCGGCACCGCUUCCACGCGGGGCCUCCGGACAGCGCUCCCACCAAGCCUUCCACCGACUUCCACAACUUGGCCCGCGAGCUGGAGAACUUCCGGAGCGGCGUGGGGAGCAGCAGCCCGUCCUCGCGGAGCCCGGAGGCGGUGGCGGAGGUGGUGAGCGGCAGCCCCGGGAGCAAGGCGUCCAAGCGGAAAUACCCUCCUCCGGAGGAGAGGCUGGGGAGGCCGAGGCUGGAGAGGCCCGUCCCGUCUUCGCCGCAGGAGGAGCUGGUGUGCACCCCGCAGCCGCAGUUCCGCCCGGCGGGGAGCUACUUCGGCCUGGACGAGAGCAGCCGCCUCUUCGGGCCGCCCAGCCCCGAGACCGGCGAGGCGAAGCGGAGCGCCUUCGUGGAGGUGAAGAAGGCCUCGCGGGGGAGAGAGGGAGGCGGGGGAGGGGAGGAAGACGAGGCCGGGAGGACCUCUCCGGGUGGAGCGCAGGAAGAGAAGGGCCAACAACAGCAGCAGCAGCAACAACAACAGCAAGGCCCGUCAGCGCCGCACCUUUUGGGCACGCGCUCGGGCGGGAGCGCUUUCUCGACGGUGCCGCCUUCCUCGCAGCCUUCCUCCGAGGAGAGGAAGAGCGCCUUCUCGCAGCCGGCGCGCUCUUCCUUCGCCUCCUCUUCCUCCUCCUCUUCCUCGACGGCGCAGCUGGUGCUGGGCCCCAAGAUGGUGGAAAGCGGAGGGGCCCACGCCGAAGGGGCGGCGCGACUUUACGCCCCGGAGCCGCUGGCAGUCAAGCUUCAGGGCGCCACGUCGGAAAUAACCAGCGGAGCAGCUCCGGGAGGAGACCGAGUAGGCGGAGGAGGAGGAGGCCUUCCCAAGCAGAGCCCCUUCCUCUACGCCGCCGCCACCACCUUCUGGCCCAAAAGCUCGACGGCGGCUCUGGCUGCGGCGGCUGCGGCGGCGGCGGGCCCGCUCCAGCUCCAGCUGCCCUCGGCGCUGACGCUGCUCCCGCCCUCCUUCACCUCGCUGUGCCUCCCGGCGCAGAACUGGUGCGCCAAGUGCAACGCCUCCUUCCGCAUGACCUCCGACCUGGUCUACCACAUGCGCUCCCACCACAAGAAGGAGUACGCGCUGGAGCCCCUGGUCAAGCGACGUCGCGAGGAGAAGCUCAAGUGCCCCAUCUGCAACGAGUCCUUCCGAGAGAGGCACCACCUCUCCCGGCACAUGACCUCGCACAACUGAGGGGCCCAGAAAGGAGAAGGAGGAGAAGGAGAAGGGCCCCUUCCCCAGAAGUCUCCAAAGGGGGGAACCGGCUCAUCAUGGGGACCCCAUGCACACAUCAGACUGGCCUCCAGGACCACUGCAGAACUGGCAGGUCAUGUGUGCCUCAUGGCCUCUUCCCCAGAAGUCUUUAAAGUGGGGGCCCCAUGAGAACAUCUGAAGUUGGGACUAGGGUCGGACUGGCUUCCAGGACCGCUGCAGAUCUGGCAGGUCAUGAGUGCCUCAUGGCCUCUUUCCCAGAAGUCUUUGAAGUGGGGACCCCAUGAGCACAUCUGAAGUUGGGACUAGGGUCGGACUGGCUUCCAGGACCACUGCAGAUCUGGCAGGUCAUGUGUGCCUCAUGGCUCCUUCCCCAGAAGUCCCUAAAGCGGGGACCUGCUCAUCAUGGGGACCCCAUGCGCACAUCUGAAGGUGAGACUGGGGUCAGACUGACUUCCAGGCCCACUGCAGAUCCCUUCUCUAGAAGUUUCCAAAGCUGGGACCAGGUCAUCAUGGGGAUCCCAUGUGCACAUCUGUAGGCCCUCUUCGAAGGUGGGACUGGGUUCAGAAUGGCUUCCAGGCCCACUGCAGAUCUGGCAGGUCAUGUGUGCCUCAUGACCCCUUCCCCAGAAGUCUCCAAAGCUGGGACCAGGUCAUCAAGAGGACCCCAUUCACACAUCUGUAGGCCCACUUCGAAGGUGGGACUGGGGUCAGAUUGGCUUCCAGGCCCAGUACAGAUCUGGCAGGUCAUGUGUGCCUCAUGACCCCUUCUCCAGAAGUUUCCAAAGCUGGGACCAGGUCAUCAUGGAGACCCCAUUCAUACAUCUGUAAGCCCUCUUCAAAGGUGGGACUGGGGUCAGACUGACUUCCAGGCCUCCUGCAGAUCUGGCAGGCCAUGUGUGCCUCGUGGCUCCUUCCCCAGAAGUCUCCAAAGCUGGAACCCCAUGCACACAUCUGUAGGCCUGCUUCAAAGGUGGGACUAGGGUCAGACUGUCUUCUGGGCCCACGGCAGAUCUGGCAGGUCAUGUGUACCUCAUGCCUACAUCUCGAGAUGGUGCGCCACAGUCACAAGGACCCAAGAUGCAAAAGGAAGCAACCAGAGACCCACAUCGACCUACCACAGUUCUUCAGUGGCUUCCAGAGAGUUCCCAAGAAAACCCCAGAAUUACCAAUGAACUGCUGCAGAGUCAAACUGUUCAGCCCUCCCUCCAGGUGUUUUGGACUUCAACUCUCACAAUUCCUAAUAGCCAGUAGGUGCUAGGGGAAACUACUCUAAAAUAUAUAGCAGAGCAUCCAAAAACAAACACGAUACAAAAGUUGGGCAUCAGCUCAUUAGCAACAGAGCGUGAAGUGCUGUGUGAUGUGACUGUAAAGAAUUCAGAGCUUAGGCAGGCAAGAUGCAGAAUCCAGUCUUUAAAAAAAUCACAACAUCUUUAUUUACAGUAGUAAAGGUAAAGGUUUCCCCUGAGAUUAGGUCCAGUCAUGUUCAACUGGUGGGUAGACGUCUCCACGGUCAUGUGGCCAACUUGACUGCAUGGAGCGCCAUUACCUUCCCGCUGAAGUGGUAUAAAUUGAUCUACUCAUAUUUUCAUGUUUUUAAACUGCUAGGUUGGCAGAAGCUGGGGCUAACAGCAGGAGCUCACCCUGCUCUUCAAUUCGAACCACUGACCUUUUGGUCAGCAAAUUCAGCAGCUCAGUGGUUUAACCCACUGUGUUAUCAGGGGGCCCUUUUUUACAAUAACAGUUAUUAGUUAUUGUUUAUUUAUUUACAAUAAUAAACGAUAACUGCAUGUCUUAAUAAUCAAGAACUAGGUCUGAGCUACUCUAACACCCAUCUCUUCUAAGGUUUCAAAGAGAGGGAAAAUCAUCAAUCACUACAUCUCUCGUGACACACAAACAGAGAGAGAUCUCAAAGCACACAGCACAUACUCUCCAUACUAAAGUGUAAGGAGAUAGAAGUCAGAUUCAAAAAAGCUUGCAGUAGAAAAGUAUCCAUUUUAAACCACCAAUCAGAAUGAGAGGAAAGAAGAAAUUAGAUACACUCCCAACUGUCAUACAGGAGACAUGGAGAAAGGGAAACCCUAAUGCUAACUAACUUCUCCUCAUUGAAGACUUGAGACUUGGGCAGUGUGGGGUUGAAUCCCAAUAGUAGGCUGUUAGGAAUUGUGAGAGCUGAAGUUCAAAAUACCUCGAGGGAGGGCUCAAGUUUGCCCAUGCCUGCCAUAGAUGGAUAAACCCACAACAAGAUUUCAGAAUCUUCUUUUGUUGAAGGAAAGCAUGCAAUGGUCAUAGGAGAUACUGAGAUGUCUUCAGAGAUAAUGGCUGCCCAGUGGACUGCAACGUGAGAAUACCUCUUUCAUUCAGAAGCUUUGGCCCUGGAGUCAUCUAACAAGGCGUUCCGUAAUGGGACUUCUUAGACACUUUGGGUCUUAAGAAACAGAGCUGUCUGUCUGUAAUCCUAUAUGACACCAAACACUUUGGGAAUUGUUAGCAAAUGCAUGUAAGAUCUGACUAUAGAUGAAAUGGUUACACUGUUACCUCUACAAGCUUCACUCUCACUUUGAAGCCACUGAGAUAUUGUAUUGUUGAAGGCUUUCAUGGCUGGAAUCACUGGGUUGUUGUAGGUUUUUUCGGGCUAUAUGGCCAUUUUCUAGAGCAGUGGUUCUCAACCUGUGGGUCCCCAGAUGUUUUGGCCUUCAACUCCCAAAAAUCCUAAGAGUUGGUAAACUGGCUGGGAUCUCUGGGAGUUGUAGGCCAAAACAUCUGGGGACCCACAGAUUAAGAACCACUAUUCUAGAGGUAUUCUCUCCUGAUGUUUCACCUGCAUCUAUGGUAAGCAUCCUCCUCUGUAGUUAGGAUGCUUGCCAUAGAUGCAGGCAAAACAUCAGGAGAGAAUGCCUCUAGAACAUGGCCAUAUCGUCCAAAAAACCCUACAACAACCCUUUCAGAUAUUAGUCCACUGAAAUGAAAAAUGUGGAAACUGAUGUUCUGAAGCAGUGGUUCUCAACCUGUGGGUUCCCAGGUGUUUGGCCUACAACUCCCAGAAAUCCCAGCCAGUUUACCAGUUGUUAGGAUUUCUGUGAGUCAAAGGUCAAAACAUCUGGGGACCUGCAGGUUGAGAACUACUUCUCUGAAGGCUGGUGGGAUGCAGUGAGCAGAGUCAAUAGCAAUGGAGGGGACAUUCAAUAUAAUCUAUGUGUUUCCCCUCCAUGAUGCAAUUGAAAUCAUGAGUUGUACUUCACUUAUUCCCCUUCUUCAGCAUAUAUUGAACACACAUAGCAUGUCCCAUUUGGCAUGAAUUUUGUUGCAGAUGGAGAAAGUGGAGAGGUAGAGUCCCAAAUUAAAAUGAAAAAUAUAUUCUUUCAGUGUCCUCCUCCUCCUCCCUAAGCCUUCAGUAUUAACCAGGAAGAUCUAGGUGUGUUUCAAUGGGUGUGUUUCCUCCAUGGAGAUGGAAGCAGUUGAAUAUAGUUGGUCCUCUAUAUAGCCACGCAUGGAUUCAACCACCCACAGCUUGAAAAUAUAUAUGUAUUUAAAAAUCCAAAAAGCAAAGUUGAUUUUGCCCUUUUAUACAAGGGACACCAUUUGAUCAUGCCAUUUCAUAUAAUGGGAUUUGAGCAUCCAAGGAUGUUGAUAUCCAUGGGGGUCCUGGAAUCAAAUCCCAUUGUAUUUGACAGAAUAGAAUAGAGAUGAAGUUGCAAACCAAAGGGUCAAAGCAAGAAACACCUUAGGCACAGAGAGAAUUAAGUACCUUUCAUUUAUUCAUAUUUUAAAGGAAUCAUCUACCUGGGAGAAGAAAACAGAGGGAUUUUUCGCCUUGAAAGACAAAUAGGAGAGGAGAAGUUAAAGUCCCGCAACAGAAAAACAACAUUCCAAUGUUGUCUAAGGCUUUCAUGGCCGGAAUCACUUGGUUGUGUGAGUUUUCUAGGCUGUAUUGCCAUGUUCCAGAAGCAUUGUCUCCUGACAUUUCACCCACAUCUAUGGCAAGCAUCCUCAGAGGUUGUGGAAGAUAGUUAUAAAUGUUAGUCUGAUACCACUAUCUCAACUUGCACUGUCCAUUUUUGUGUGUGGAAGGGUUAUGUUUUGUUGCACCUUGCAAACCUCUGGUUCUCAUCUCAUUUAUUUUAAUUCUGUGGAAUGUCCAGGGUGGGAGAAGGAACUCUUGUCUGCUUGAGGCAAGUGUGAAUGUUGCAAUUGGCCACCUUGAUUAGCAUUGUACAGCUUUGCAGCUUCAAAGUCUGGCUGCUUCCUGCCUGGGGAAAUCCUUUGUUGAGAUUCCCAAGAUGGCCAAUUGUAACAUUCACACUUGCUUCAAGCAGACAAGAGUUCAUUCCACAGAUAUAUAAACCUCACUUGCUUAGUCUCCAACAGACCUCACAACCUCUGAGGAUGCCUGCCAUAGAUGUGGAUAAAACAUCAGGAGAGAAUGCUUCUGGAACAUGGCCAUACAGCCUGGAAAACUCACAGCAACCCAACAUCCCAAUAGCUGAUCACUAGGCCAAAGCACUCUGCCUGGCUCUUGGCUGCUGCUGUUCUGUAAACACUAGUGAAUUCUGCCUUUUUCUCCCUGGAAUUCCUCCUGACCUUCAUGCUGAAAUCCUGAGUUUGUUUACUUUGAGGAAAGUCCCAUUGGACUGAAUGGCACUUACAUCAGGGUAAACAGGGAUAUAGCCUCAGGCUGCAGAUGCAUUUAGGAUUACAGUCAUUCUGUCUCUGGGUAUUGAAAGCUUUUAAAUGUAUCUUGGGCAUUGUGGCUAGCCACAAAUGAAACAAAACACCCAAAACCACUUUUGAAAAUUUUAUGCCUGUGCAUAUGUUUACCUUGAGAAAAAUUAAACAUUUAAAGGUGUUGGGUGGGUUUAUUUUUUCCUCUGUCCUUUUGGUUGGUUUUCAAAUGCACGCAUUUUCACUUUCCAAAAAAAGUAAAUAACUUUUAAAAGUACAUUUUUAAAAUGUCAUAUAUUGCAACAUAUUGAUGCAUUUGUCAUACGUUUCUACUUAAAUUAUUAAGCACUUAUGGUUUAGCUGUAAUAAUAACUAUAUGUAAGGGUACAAAAAUUUAUUUUAGAUAUAAAGCAAAAUUUUAAAAAAUACUGAAGGAGGAUGCAAUGCUUUUGUGCAUUACUUGAUGACCAUUUCUUUUUCCUUUUUUUUCCUAUUUUCUCUGCAAAAAUAAUAGUAAUAAAAUCCAUAAAGACUUGAAUUCAUUUUAUGUUUCCAGUGGGGAAAGUGCAUGUUCCACAUUUUAAAAAAGAUUAUGGACUUCGGUGCAGAAUGUCAUCAAAUCUGUAAAUAUGGAUUUCCUUUUAAUACAAAGUGUAAUUUUGUGCCAGUGAAAUGGAGUCUGAAUAGUUCUGUGUUUCUUUUUCUUUUCUUUUUUUCUUGACAAAGAUUUAUUAAACUUUAUAGUUUAUUUGGGUAUGUUUGGAUGCUUUGACAAUAAAUGACUUUAUUUUCUUCAAAAGCA